CCUAAACAGCUCUUCUUCCUGGCUGACAAGGCUGGUCGAUGGCAACUUCCCAUUUCCUACCUGCUUCCCGUAGCUUUUCCAUUUCCUAACACCAUCAAAACAAUGGACUCUCCACGGGUAAGAGAGAGGGAUGCCGAACGAAGAGAAGGGCGAGGGAGAGAUGGCCAGGAGGAAGCGCAAAGACAUCGAGUGGCUAACGCGUCGGAGUCAACCAGACAUCAAAGAGGCUCGAUAUUUAAUGACAUGCCUGUGCGACGACGAGCCCAGGAGCCGAAACCCCAGGACUCGGAAACUGCAGCACCGUUGGAGGGACUGAAACCGGGCCCGAGGGUCCUAUUGGGCAUAGAUUAUGGAACAACUUUCACUGGAGUAGCAUGGGUCCAGCAAGAUGAUGCUCUUGUGAAGAGCUCAAUUCAGGACAUCACCGUGUUCCCGCGCUGGCCAGGUGUAACUGAGGUAGAGGAGAACCAAGAGAAAGUGCCAUCGGAGUUCUCUUAUUCGGCGGCGAAAAACCGAGAAAAGCAAUGGGGCUACUCGAUGGACAAAGACUCCUUGAUCCUGCGCUGGACCAAGUUAGAGUUAAUGCUUCAGUCGCCAGAGACAGAGUUGGCGGUGCUGCGAAAUCUCCUGAAAGGCCUGAGUCUCUUGCAGCAAUUUCAAGAAAGCGGGAAUCGAGACUAUGAACUCCCGAAGCAUUUGAGGAAGAACGCGGGAGAGAUCAUUGAGGAUUACCUGGAUAAGGUUGCCAAAGAAUGGCGUGCACACAUGAUGGCGACAGCAAGGGAAGCUCUUCGUGAAGUUCCUCUCGACAUCGUCGUGACUCACCCUCUCAUAUGGGAUUACCAUGCUCUUAAUGCAACCAUCACUGCAGUAAGACAUGCCUGCCAUAAAGGUCUCUUCCCGCAUAUCCGAGACUUCUAUGUUGUACAGGAGCCAGAAGCAUGUGCAUUGUCCACUACUCAAGAUAUGCUGGCGAAAAGCCACCCAUCAGUCAUCGAAGGUGAAUGCUUCGUGCUUGUUGAUGCCGGCGGGGGCACUGUGGAUAUCGCAACAUACUGUGUUGAGAAUAUCGAUCCUUUUAAGCUGUCCUUGAUUGAAAAAGACGACGGAUCCGAGAGUCGAUGCGGCGCAACUUUUGUCGACAGGGCUUUCCUAGAGUGGCUGGAGCCAAAGUUAGCGAAUGUACACCUAUUUUCGGAAGAUGUAACGGCUGGAGGGCACUCUGUUUUCUCUCCUUUGACAAGCCUCCUCCUCAAGCGCUUCAAGCCAGUCAAAGAAGCGUUCGACAGCACCGACAAGGGAAACAUACAGCUCCCUCAGACAUAUCGCGAUGCAGACAACAGGCUCCAUACACUGAAGCCUGCCGAAGCCCACAAGUUUGCCAUAAAAGAUGGAGUCGUUAAGCUCUCGCAUUCCGACCUCGAACACAUAUUCGAGAAGAGCGUAAACACGACCAUCGGUAUGAUCAGACGGCAAGUGAGGAACGUCGAAAUGAAAAGACGUCCCCAGGGGUACCUGCGUGUAGAAAAUAUAUUUAUGUCUGGAGGUUUCGCUCAAAAUCCAUACCUCUACAAGAAGGUCAAGGAGUAUGCUGAUAGCACUGCUCAUAUCGGAGUCCAAAGAGCAGACAACUGCUGGACCGCGGUCGUUCAGGGCGCCCUUCUCAAGGGGAUGGGGAUCGGCUCUGAGGUGGCUACCAAAGUCGAAUUUUGCCCGAGACAUUAUGGCAUCUGCCUCAGUGAAUUUUACGAGGACUGGAGGCCGGAGCAUGAUGAUGGGAAAGCCGUCAACGAUCGGUUUCACCUCAGGAAGCUGAUUCCGGGUCAGAUAAUAUGGGCCGCGAAACGAGGCGAUGUCAUCAUUCCUGGCUCGCCGAUCAAAUCAUCGAUACCUAUAGAAGGCCACACAUCGAAGAAUCAACACAAGAAAGGGUAUGAGCUGAGUGUGACUUUCGUGGCGACCACUCUUCCUGAAGCACCAGCAAACAUCUCAGAAUUAAAAAAUGGUAACCAUGAAAUCAAGAACUUGGUGGUAAACAUGGGCGCGAUACCACGAUAUGAACUUCGAGAACAGAAGAAAGCAAAAGGCUCCAUUUCUCCACUGUUCGCUUUAUCCAUCACCGCUGCUCGAUGGGGUCUGGAACCUUUUCCAGCCAACCUCGUCGCCAUCCAAGGACGGGUUAACACGUCGAUCACGAACAGUGUCGUGGAAGCCUGGACGCUGCCGUAUUCUUGCGGCGGAUUACCUUUGAGCGGGCUGGAGGGUCAACAGUAUUAUAACUAUUCUUCCUACUACCAGGAACCGCCGAGUCCACCAUAUCGAUCAAAUAUAUCUCUGACGAAUAUUUGCGACGCACCUCAAGCCUGUCCGGCCUCAGAUUGCCGUAUCGUCGUUGAAGGGGCCGGAAGAACCCAAGUCGACACCAUUAGAACGUCCAUCAUAUCCCUUGUGCACGGUAUUUCGGCCUCCAUUUCAGUGUUAGGAACGUUCGGGCUCUUCAUGAUGUUUGAAGCCUUAACCAAACUCCGACCGAAGAAGAAGAAAGGCGGGUUAUCGGGGGCGGAUCUGGAGCCAUUUUACAACGCGCCUUACGGUCAGAACGCGGAGGGCAACCGGGCACAACCGCCGCCGCCGCCGCUGUACCCUCCGGGACACGAAGAAGAUGGAAAGGCAGCGGCCGCAAAAGCCAAAGGCAUCGCGCGAUGUGCCGAUUUGUUGAGACGGAAGUACGAAUUGGACAUGGAGAUCUGGGGGUCGAGGCGGGGCGAAGAGACCCGACGGGCCCAGUUGCAGCGCAAGUCGGAUGCGAUCUUCCGCGAGAUAUGGAGAAGCGUUCAGGGUAUGAGGGCUUCAAACAACUGGACGAGGGAAGAAUGGGACUCUCUCGAGGAGAUUUCUAACACGUUGGAUGCACACAACGCGAUUAAUACUCGUCGUUGAGGUUAUGGAUAGGCUGGUGAGAUUUCUCCCUUCGUAUUUGAGAUUUCUCCUUUGCAUGAGAUGUCUCCCUCACGCUAGUAAUGGUGGAAAUUAAUUGCUCAACUGGGCCUAGCGCGCAGUUUCCCAUUUUCCUCUGCGAACGAACUUCAAUGUUUCAAUGUAUUCCUUAUUAGGCCUAUCUUCUUUCUACUGACGUCGCUGUCUCUUGCGCGGGCUAAGUCCUUUCCAAGCGUUUGAAACCGUCUCUGCUGCAGCACGCUUAGGACGCUGUCUACGCACAUCCCCAGACCCAAA